AUGCUCAUCCCCAAGCUCCCUUUUGCCCGUCUGACAAGGGAGAUCUCCAAUGAGAUGAGCCCCGAGCCGUUCCGAUGGACGGCUGAGGCGCUCCUCGCGCUCCAAGAAGCAUCCGAGGACUUCAUCGUGCAUCUCCUGGAGGACACCAACCUCUGUGCCAUCCAUGCGAAGCGUGUCACGAUCAUGCCAAAGGAUCUUCAACUGGCACGGAGAAUCCGGGGCCCCAUCCUCGGCGUGGCAUCCUCCUGA